AUGAAUAUACCUGAAAAUGCUUCUAAACUUAAUCUGGAUGAAAUUUAUAAUAAAUUGAAAGGUUGCAUUUAUGGAGCUGCACUUGGUGAUGCCAUAGGAUUGGCCGCGGAGUUUAUGUCAAAAGAAACAGCCAGAAAAUUAUACGGUAUUGGUCCAAUAGCAUUUGGAUCGGAGAAAGGUUAUGAAUUUCACAUUGAUCGACAUCGAGAAAGGUGGGAUGAUGGUGAUUGGACUGAUGACAUGGAUCAACAGCUUCUUAUAAUUGAUUCAUUAACUGCGACAAAUGGAUUAUUGAAUUCUCGUGAUUUUGCGCGUCGAUUGCAUAAAUGGGUUAAAUAUGGAUAUCCGGAACUUGAUAACAAGCCUCCUAAUGGCAUAGGAUUAACUGUUGGAUCCGUGUUGGAACAUCCCAAGUUUGAAUCUAAACCACAUCGUGCAGCGUGGGAUGUCUGGGUGAAAUUUGAUCGAAAUAUGGCGGCUAACGGAGCAUUGAUGAGGACUGCGAUAUUAGGUGUCCCAUUCUUUUGGGAUGAAAAACAAGUCAUAAAACAAACCUUACAAGCAACUAAAGUUACUCAUGCAGAUCCAAGAUGUUGUAUAUCAAGUAUCAUCGUAACAAUAUUAAUUUCGAGAUUACUAAAAGAUGAUACGCAAGACAUUCUACCUGAUCUAGACGAUGAAACAAAAGAAGAGAUUUUGAAAUGGACGCAAUCCGGAAAUCCAGAUAAUCGACCAGAUUAUGAUAUUGAUUUAGAAGAUCCUCCAUCGGAAACUCCAUCGCGUUCAACUGAUAAAGAUACAACGAAAAAGAAAAAUAUAUUUGGUAAAGUAAUUAAUAAAGUUGGUGAUUCUUUAAAGGGAAAAAGAUCUGAAAAAAAAUCUAAAUGGUCCAAUUAUGGAAGAAAAAGUAAAGAUCAAUCGAAACACAAAACUCGUGAAAGCGCUAAAAUUCCUGAAAAUCUUCCGCCCGGGAUUAAUACAUUUGGAGCUGAUCCUGUGAUAUUAUCAUUAACUCGUGCCGUUGUGGAUCGUUACAAAUUUAUUGUCAAUUCAACUCCCGUUGAACAACAACCUGAUGGACCACAAAAAUCACAGGCUCUCAAAGCUGAUAUUGGUGAAAAGGCACUUUUACAACAUUGUUUUCCCGAAAAGUUAACGGCUCUUAAAUUAGACGAACAAUCUUCUAUUGGUGAUUCAGAUACGAAUGCUACAGUUGCUGGAGCUCUGUUAGGUGCUAGAAUUGGAUUUAAAAAAUUACCCAAAUCUUGGGUAGAAGGAUUAAAAUUUAAUUCAUGGUUAGAAGAUAGGGUGAAUGGUAUUUGGGCUAUAAUCUCUGGUAAAGAAGAUUGGGUUGAAGUUGACGAUGAAAUUUUACAAAGUUAA